AUGGCUUACCGAGACCGGGAAGAGUCGCCAGUCUCGGACGACGAUCCGACGCUGGCAUUCUCGCAGCUCUCUCAGUGCACGCAAUCAUCACAGCGCGGCCGCAGAGUUGAAGACUACAUUCUGGAACACACCAUCGGUGUCGGCGAGUUCUCAAAAGUCAAGGCGGCCCGCAAUGUGCACACCGGCGAGUAUGUGGCGGUGAAGAUCAUUCCGAUGGCGGCGAUGAAGGCCAAUCCUGUGCUGCAGCAAGAGUUCCUCAUCCACACCAAGCUCGACCACCCCCACGUGGUGCACAUGAUCAAGUUUGUCAACUCGGACCCCGAGGUCCUGUAUGUAUUUCUGGAGCUUGCAGCCGGCGGUGAGCUCUUUGACCGCAUCGAGCCAGACGUGGGCAUGCACUCCGAGCUGGCCAAGGCGUACUUUGCGCAGCUUCUAGUCGGCGUCGAGUAUCUGCACUCGAUCGGCGUGGCGCACCGCGACAUCAAGCCCGAGAACAUCCUGCUCGACGCGGCAGGCAGCGUCCGCAUCACCGACUUUGGCUUUGCCACCGACUUUCUCGACGACAACGGGAGCGAGCGGGUGCUGACGACCCGGUGCGGCUCGCCGCCGUACGUGGCACCCGAAGUGCUGACCGGCUCGUACCGUGGGCCGCCGGCUGACGUCUGGUCGGUUGGCGCUGUCCUCUUUGUCCUCCUCACCGGCCAACUCCCGUGGGACUCGCCGACGCAUGCAUGCUUCGAGUACACGGCCAUCACCGAGGGCAACUUUGACUUUGCGCCGUGGUCCUCGCUCCCGCCGCCCGCACUCGCCCUCCUCCGCACCAUCUUUGUGCUCGAUCCGGAGAAGCGGCCGACCAUCCAGCAGAUCCAGCAGUGUGGCUGGCUGACCGGCGAUGGCGACGACGGGCGCAAGCGCGGGCGUGCCCCGGUCUCGUCGUCGCCGACACGGCACCUGGCGGCGCUGACGGUUGCCUCGCCGUCGCCGUCGCCGUCAGCCAAGCGGCGGAGGCUACUCCCGCAGGUAUCGCGGACCACAUCGGCGUUUGCCAUGUCGCAGCCCGAGCUCGAGCACGUGUCGGUGGCGGUCAAGGCCGCACCAACCUCGUCGGCCGCCUUCUGCGAAAUGGCGCAGUCGCAGCCGAUCCGCGCCGCCGAUCUUUACGCCACCGCCGGGCCGUCGGCCGCCACGCAGCUCAACGAGUUCAAGGAGGUGGUCGAGCGGAUGACCCGCAUCUCGCUCGACGUUCCGGCUGUCGCCUUGUUCCGCCUCAUCGCCGACGCGCUCGAGGCCGCCGGCGCCCGCGUCCGGCCCAUCCCAGACCAGUUCCGCCUCCUCGUCACAUACUCGACUCGGUUCGGCCAGCUCUCGCUCGUGGUACGGCUCUUCCGCGGCGGUACCAAGCGGGUGAUGGCCGAGUUUAUGCGCGCCCGUGGCGACAUGUUUGAGUUCAAGAAGCUGUUCAAACGGGUCAAGGCCGACGUCGAGGCCGCCGCCCUCGCUCUUCCGCCGCCGCCCUCGCGCGCUCCGUCGCCGCCACCGAUACUCGCUCUCUCGCAGUGUUGAUUGAACCGUGUGGUCCCCGUUUGCUCGUCUGGCCAGGUAAAACAGCC